ACGGGGUCCUCCAGUAUGGCGGCGGCGACGCUGCGGAGAGGCUGGUGCCGCUGCCCGCAGUGCCUCGGCAGUGGUGUCCAGUUUCUGCCCAGCCACAAUCUAGUGCUACUACCCCGUGGGACCUAUCAGAUGCGCAGGCCAAAUGGAGAGCUGCCCCUGUUCAAAUCCUAUUCUUCUGGAAACCGAAAAGGCUUUCUCUCCGGCUUGCUAGAUAAUAUCAAACAAGAGUUAGCCAAAAACAAAGAAAUGAAAGAAAGUAUAAAAAAAUUCCGAGAUGAGGCCCGGAAGUUGGAAGAGUCAGAUGCGCUCCAGGAAGCCAGAAGGAAAUAUAAAACCAUUGAAUCCGAAACCGUGCGGACAAGUGAGGUGAUCAAGAAGAAGUUGGGGGCUAUCACCGGCACUGUGAAGGAGGGGGUGGAGUCAGUGAAAAAGGAGAUCGAUGAAAGUGUCCUGGGCCAGACCGGGCCCUACCGCAGGCCCGAACGGCUCAGGAAAAGGAAGGAGUUUGCUGGAGAGAAGUUCAAGGAAGAGAAAGUGUUUGAGCCCAAUGAGGAUGCCCUGGGAGUCGUGCUGCACAAGGACUCCAAGUGGUAUCAGCAGUGGAAGGACUUCAGGGACAACAAUGUGGUGUUCAACCGGUUCUUCGAGAUGAAGAUGAGGUAUGACAAGAGUGACAACACACUCAUCCGGGCCUCCCGUGCACUGACAGAUAAGGUCACAGACUUGCUGGGAGGUCUGUUUUCGAAGACAGAGAUGUCCGAGGUGCUCACGGAGAUCCUACGUGUGGAUCCGGCCUUUGACAAGGAGCGGUUCCUGCAGCAGUGCGAGAAUGACAUCAUCCCCAAUGUCCUGGAGGCCAUGAUUUCUGGAGAGCAUGACAUUCUCAAAGACUGGUGCUAUGAAGCUACCUACAGCCAGCUGGCUCACCCAAUCCAGCAGGCCAAGGCGCUGGGCCUCCAGUUCCACUCCCGUAUCUUGGACAUUGACAAUGUCGACCUGGCCAUGGGCAAGAUGAUGGAGCAGGGCCCCGUGCUGAUUGUCACCUUCCACGCCCAGCUGGUGAUGGUGAUCAAGAACGCCAAAGGCGAGGUGGUCGAGGGCAACCCGGACAAGGUGUUACGCAUGCUGUACGUGUGGGCACUGUGCCGGGACCAGGAUGAGCUCAACCCUUAUGCGGCCUGGCGGCUCCUGGACAUCUCCGCUUCCAGUACAGAGCAGGUCCUCUGAGCUUGGCAGCCACGACAGGAGGUUCCAGGCUGUACAUCGCAGGGCAGCUGCACAGGGUGGCAAUGUCCACCUGUGGCAGUAGACCUCUGGGGACGACUGUCAGCUCUGGACUGCUCUCUGCUAGGGUGGUUGUAGAACCAACUGGACCUGGAAUGGCCAGCAGCUGUAGAGGGCUGCUCCCCACAGUGCCAGCCCCUGGCCCCCUCUGCUGCUCGGGCUGCUGGCAGGGAGUCAACACGGCGCACUGGCCAGACAAUGCCAAGAGGAAGAGGCUCUGGCCCAGGGACUCCUGGGGACAGGUGGUGGGGCCCACUGGCCAUAUCAU